AUGGUUUUACAGCACCACCACCUCCACCACCAACGGCCACCAGAGACAGAGUGUGAAUCAUAUAAACGAAUGUCUCAUCUCAGCCAAGACUUCCACCCAGGAGAAGCGGGCUGCUGGUAUGGCUCUGUGCUGAGUGUACCCAGCUCAGAACGCCAAUGCAGCGUCUCCAAACAGGGGACACACACCCUGACCCAUUUCGUAGUAGCAGGAACAGUGCUGCUCAAGAACAAGGCGACCGGAAGCAGCAGCAAAAACAACCAGUCGCAACAAGUGGCGUGGCGCACUGAACAUUACACAGCUCCUGGGCAGAAAGUUGCAUAUGAAGCGACCUGUGCGCAGUUUCAAAGACAGAGCCAGAAGAAUGGCGCGCAAGAACAGGAGCAGCGGGAGCAGGGGCAGGCAGAACAGCAGCAACGGGAGCACGAACAAGUGCAGCAGCUGCAAGAGCUGGAGCAGGAGCACCAGCGGUCAAAGCAAGCCGAAAUGCUUCCACAGCAAAAGAAACAACAAAAGCAGCAAAAGCAGCGCAACUCAUGUGAAUGCAAGGCCCCCGGGAAGUAG